AUGACCGACUCGAUAAGACAGACGACAUCGGAGCUCGAGGCGAGCUUUCUGCGUUGGUUCCGCCAGUCAGGCGGUGCACUCGACCCUAGAUGCCGCAUCCAGCCCAUCCCCGGAAUGGGACGAGGUAUGUUCGCCAAGGCAUCCAUCGAAGCAGGAGAGACCAUUUUUGUCAUUCCUCGACACGUCUUGCUCAACUUGGCCACUUCGACCCUUGCUCAGAGGUGCACGCAGGCAGAAACAGCAUCUGUCUCCGCACCCUCCACAUCGGACGCCCGCAACACUGAAACACCCACCUGGAAAGAGAUCAGCAAGAUGGGCUGGUUGCCACUCAUUCUCGCCAUGAUGUACGAGCGCAGAAGAGCUGCCAAGCUGUCCGGACCCACAAAGAGCAGCGCCGAAGAUGGAGAUGUGUCGAUGGAGAACGUAGAAGCUUCCUCUUCGGCGAAUGUCAACCAACUCGAAGGCACGGACGGCGAGGGCUCGACCUACCGCGAUGCACCUCGACCGUUUGGGGAGCAGACGUGGGGGGCGUAUUUUGACAUUAUGCCGGAAAGCUUUACUACUCCCAUGUUUUGGCAAGAAAAGGACCUUCAGCACCUUGCCGGUACUUCGAUCGCCGACAAGAUCGCCCGAGACGAGGCCGAAGUCGACUACCACAGCAAGGCCGUUCCAUUCAUACGAUCAUUGUCAAGCGUCUUCUUGGAUGGAGUGCCUGCAGAGCAGCUCGAAGCUGAAUUGCAGCAUUGGUACUCGCUCGAAACCUAUCAUGUCAUGGGAUCACGGAUUUUGAGUCGAAGCUUCCAUGUCAAAAGUCGCAAGAAGGGGCUCGAGGGUAAGACGGUCGACAUGGACAAUCUCGAUGAGGAAGGUGACGAAGAAGACGACGGAGACGAGUCGGAAGCAGAAGUGCUGGAAGACGAAGGAGAGGCAAGCGCAGCUGGAUCUGGCGAUGAAGCGAAUGAAACAGAAGACGUGGACGAUGACAAGAAUGACGAAGAUGACGAUGAUGACGAUGAUGGUGAUGGUGAUGGCGAUAGCGAUAGCGAUGACGACGACGACGACGACGACGACGACGACGAUGAGGAGGAAGAAGAGCAAGAAAACGUGAUCGACAUCUCCAUGACGCCUAUGGCCGAUAUGCUCAACGCAAGGUUUGAGUCGGACAACGCUCGUCUCUUCUACAAGUCUGACGUGCUCGAAAUGCGCGCCACCAAAGCGAUUGCUGAAGGUGAACAGAUCUUCAACACGUACGCUGACCCACCCAACAGCGACCUUCUUCGUCGCUACGGACACGUCGACGAGCCCAACGGCAGCGACGUUGUCGAGCUCGACUCCAAGCUCAUUCUCCAAGCCGCCGUCACGCAUCUCUCGUCUUUCCUCUCCACAAGCAAGGAAGACCUGCAAAAGGACCUGGAAGAGCGACUGGAGUGGGCCUGCUCCUCGCUCGGCAUCGACGAGGUGUUUAUCCUCAACUACCUCUUCACUCCCGCGAAGAAAGCGCCUCACCGCGCGCAGCCCGAACGACCGACACCAAAGGAGCUCAAGUCGGCUGCUACAGGAGGUGGCAUCUCGGAAGAAAUGAUCGCGCUCACGCGCGUGCUCUGUCAGUCUCGCGAUAGCUUCGAAAAGGCCAAAGCCAAAGGCAAAGGUCCUAGUGCCCGGGUCGAGGCGCAGGAAGAGCACGCCGUUGUGGCCGGAACCAAGUCCAAGACGGUGCGCGUCUCGGCCAGUCAGAUCAUGAUCGACGCAAUCGACCUGCGAUUGCAGCAGUACCCCAACGGCGCAAAAGUGGAAGACGAGGAGGCAAAGCUGUACGGCUCCAAGCAGAGCGAGGUAGAUGGAGACAACGAGAGACGUGCGCUGGUGGUAAGGCUGGGUGAAAAGAGGGUGCUGUUGGAUCAAAAGCGCGUGCUCAACUAUGUGCUCGACAAGAUUCACCAGGCGGAGAAGGAGCUGGCCAAGAACAGCAAGAACGCCAAGAGCGACGCUGGUAAGAGGAAAGGCGGCAACACCGGCGGCAGCCAGAAGAAGCAGCGUCGUUGA